UCAGGCCCGGCAGCACGAAGUGACUCGCAGCCGCUGCGGGGACUCUGGCUCCAGGCUCCUGGCGAGAUCCCCGAGCCCCGGCGGCUGGUGCUGGGAGCCCGGAGCCCUGGCUGCAGCCGGGAGAGGGGAAUCUCCAGCAGGGCCCUUCCCGCUGCUCCCCAGGAGCCUCUCCCAGGGCAGAGCCCCCAGCCCGGCCAGGCCUCUUCCCGGCCCGGCCCCUGCCCCAGGGGGGCCCCGCUCGGAGGGAAGGCUGAGGAAUCACGCCCACGUUUCGCUCCAGUUUGUCCCAUCUUCCAGGGGACAGGGAAGGGAUAUGUCUGUGAUGGAGCCAGCUCAGAUGCUGGUGACCUUCGAGGAGGUGGCUGUGUAUUUCACCCAGGGGCAGGGGGCUCUGCUGGACCCCACUCAGAGAGCCCUCUACAGGGAUGUCAUGUGGGAGAACUACGAGAUGGUGACCUCGCUGGGAUUCCCCCUUCCCAAACCAGACCUGAUCACCCGGCUGGAACAAGGGGAAGAGCCGUGGGUGCCCGAUCUCCAGGCCUGUGAGGAAAGAGAGAUCCCGAGAGGCGCCCACACAGGUGAUGAGAGAGUGAGUGAGAACGAGGAGGGGAAUCAACAGCAGGAAGUUCCUGGGCACGGGGAAUCACAGGGGACCUCUGUGGGAAGAUCUCAUAAGUGCUUAGACUGUGGAAAAAGUUUCAUGUGGUGGUCACACCUCAUUUUACAUCAGCGAAUCCACACAGGAGAGAGACCCCACAAGUGCUUAAUCUGUGGAAAAAGUUUCAUACGGAAGUCAGACCUUGUUAAACAUCUGGCAAUCCACACUGGAGAGAGACCACAUAAGUGCUUAGACUGUGGAAAAAGUUUCAUACAGAAGUCACAUCUUGUUGUACAUCAGGCAAUCCACACUGGAGAGAGACCCCAUAAGUGCUUAAUCUGUGGGAAAAGUUUCAUACGGAGGUCAGCCCUUCUUAUACAUCAAGCAGUCCACACUGGAGAGAGACCCCAUAAGUGCUUAGACUGUGGAAAAAGUUUCAAACGGAGGUCAGCCCUUCUUAAACAUCAUGCAAUACACACAGGAGAGAAAUCCCAUAAAUGUUUGGACUGUGGGAAAAGUUUCGCACAAAGAUCAACUCUUAUGGCACAUAAGGCAAUCCACACUGGAGAGAGACCCCAUAAGUGCUUAAUUUGUGGGAAAAGUUUCAUACGGAGGUCAACCCUACUUGAUCAUCAGGCAAUCCACACAAGAGAGAAAUCCCAUAAAUGUUUGGACUGUGGGAAAAGUUUCACACAAAGAUCAAAUCUUAUGGCACAUAAGGCAAUCCACACUGGCGAGAGACCACAUAGGUGCUUAAUCUGUGGAAAAAGUUUCAUAUGGAGGUCAAACCUUGUUAAACAUCAAGGCGUCCACACUAGGGACAGACCCCAUAAGUGCUUAGACUGUGGAAAAAGUUUCAUACGGAGUUCAGCCCUACUUGAUCAUCGGGCAAUUCACACAGGAGAGAAAUCCCAUAAAUGUUUGGACUGUGGGAAAAGUUUUGCACAAAGAUCAAAUCUUAUGGCACAUAAAGCAAUCCACACUGGAGAGAGACCUCAUAAGUGCUUAGACUGUGGGAAAAGUUUCAUACAGAGGUCAGACCUUGUUAGACAUCAAGCAGUCCACACAGGAGAGAAAUCCCAUAAAUGUUUGGACUGUGGGAAAAGUUUCACACAAAGAUCAAAUCUUAUGGCACAUAAGGCAAUCCACACUGGAGAGAGACCCCAUAAAUGCUUAAUCUGUGGGAAAAGUUUCAUACGGAGGUCAAAUCUUAUGGCACAUCAGGCAAUCCACACUGGAGAGAGAUCCCAUAAGUGCUUAGACUGUGGGAAAAGUUUCAUACAGAGGUCAACCCUUGUUAAACAUCAGAUAAUCCACACAGGAGAGAAAUCCCAUAAAUGUUUGGACUGUGGGAAAAGUUUCACACAAAGAUCAAAUCUUCUGGCACAUCAAGCAGUCCACACUGGAGAGAGACCCCAUAAGUGCUUAGACUGUGGAAAAAGUUUCAUACAGAGGUCAAUCCUACUUAAUCAUCAGGCAGUCCACACUGGAGAGAGACCUCAUAAGUGCUUAGACUGUGGGAAAAGUUUCAUACGGAGGUCAGACCUUGUUAAACAUCAAGCAGUCCACACCGGAGAGAGAUCCCAUAAAUGCUUCAACUGUGGGAAAAGUUUCAUACAUAGGUCAGUUCUUGUUAAACAUCAGUUAAUCCACACUGGAGAGAAAUCCCAUAAAUGUUUGGACUGUGGGAAAAGUUUCAUGCAAAGAUCAUAUCUUAUGGCACAUCAGACAGUCCACACUGGAGAGAGACCCCACAAGUGCUUAGAUUGUGGGAAAAGUUUCAUACGGAGGUCAGACCUUGUUAAACAUCAAGCAGUCCACACCGGAGAGAGAUCCCAUAAAUGCUUAAACUGUGGGAAAAGUUUCAUACAUAGGUCAGUUCUUGUUCGACAUCAGUUAAUCCACACUGGAGAGAAAUCCCAUAAAUGUUUGGACUGUGGGAAAAGUUUCAUGCAAAGAUCAUAUCUUAUGGCACAUCAGACAGUCCACACUGGAGAGAGACCCCACAAGUGCUUAGAUUGUGGGAAAAGUUUCAAACAAAGAUCAACUCUUAUGGCACAUCAGGUAAUCCACACAGGAGAGAGACCCCACAAGUGCUUAAUCUGUGGAAAAAGUUUCCUACGGAAGUCAGACCUUGUUAAACAUCUGGCAAUCCACACUGGAGAGAGACCCCACAAGUGCUUAGACUGUGGAAAAAGUUUCAUACAGAAGUCACACCUUGUUGUACAUCAGGCAAUCCACACUGGAGAGAGACCCCAUAAGUGCUUAAUCUGUGGGAAAAGUUUCAUACGGAGGUCAGCCCUUCUUAUACAUCAAGCAGUCCACACCGGAGAGAGACCCCAUAAGUGCUUAGACUGUGGAAAAAGUUUCAAACGGAGGUCAGCCCUUCUUAAACAUCAUGCAAUACACACAGGAGAGAAAUCCCAUAAAUGUUUGGACUGUGGGAAAAGUUUCGCACAAAGAUCAACUCUUAUGGCACAUAAGGCAAUCCACACUGGAGAGAGACCCCAUAAGUGCUUAAUUUGUGGGAAAAGUUUCAUACGGAGGUCAACCCUACUUGAUCAUCAGGCAAUCCACACAAGAGAGAAAUCCCAUAAAUGUUUGGACUGUGGGAAAAGUUUCACACAAAGAUCAAAUCUUAUGGCACAUAAGGCAAUCCACACUGGCGAGAGACCACAUAGGUGCUUAAUCUGUGAAAAAAGUUUCAUAUGGAGGUCAAACCUUGUUAAACAUCAAGGCGUCCACACUAGGGACAGACCCCAUAAGUGCUUAGACUGUGGAAAAAGUUUCAUACGGAGUUCAGCCCUACUUGAUCAUCGGGCAGUUCACACAGGAGAGAGACCUCAUAAGUGCUUAGACUGUGGGAAAAGUUUCAUACAGAAGUCAGACCUUGUUAGACAUCAAGCAGUCCACACCGGAGAGAGAUCCCAUAAGUGCUUAGACUGUGGAAAAAGUUUCAUACAGAGGUCAAACCUUCUUAAACAUCAGGCAAUCCACACAGGAGAGAAAUCGCAUAAAUGUUUGGACUGUGGGAAAAGUUUUGCACAAAGAUCAACUCUUAUGGCACAUAAAGCAAUCCACACUGGAGAGAGACCCCAUAAAUGCUUAAUCUGUGGGAAAAGUUUCAUACGGAGGUCAAAUCUUAUGGCACAUCAGGCAAUCCACACUGGAGAGAGAUCCCAUAAGUGCUUAGACUGUGGGAAAAGUUUCAUACAGAGGUCAACCCUUGUUAAACAUCAGAUAAUCCACACAGGAGAGAAAUCCCAUAAAUGUUUGGACUGUGGGAAAAGUUUCACACAAAGAUCAAAUCUUAUGGCACAUAAGGCAAUCCACACUGGAGAGAGACCCCAUAAAUGCUUAAUCUGUGGGAAAAGUUUCAUACGGAGGUCAAAUCUUAUGGCACAUCAGGCAAUCCACACUGGAGAGAGAUCCCAUAAGUGCUUAGACUGUGGGAAAAGUUUCAUACAGAGGUCAACCCUUGUUAAACAUCAGAUAAUCCACACAGGAGAGAAAUCCCAUAAAUGUUUGGACUGUGGGAAAAGUUUCACACAAAGAUCAAAUCUUCUGGCACAUCAAGCAGUCCACACUGGAGAGAGACCCCAUAAGUGCUUAGACUGUGGAAAAAGUUUCAUACAGAGGUCAAUCCUACUUAAUCAUCAGGCAGUCCACACUGGAGAGAGACCUCAUAAGUGCUUAGACUGUGGGAAAAGUUUCAUACGGAGGUCAGACCUUGUUAAACAUCAAGCAGUCCACACCGGAGAGAGAUCCCAUAAAUGCUUCAACUGUGGGAAAAGUUUCAUACAUAGGUCAGUUCUUGUUAAACAUCAGUUAAUCCACACUGGAGAGAAAUCCCAUAAAUGUUUGGACUGUGGGAAAAGUUUCAUGCAAAGAUCAUAUCUUAUGGCACAUCAGACAGUCCACACUGGAGAGAGACCCCACAAGUGCUUAGAUUGUGGGAAAAGUUUCAAACAAAGAUCAAAUCUUCUGGCACAUCAGGUAAUCCACACAGGAGAGAGACCCCACAAGUGCUUAGAUUGUGGGAAAAGUUUCAUACGGAGGUCAGACCUUGUUAAACAUCAAGCAGUCCACACCGGAGAGAGAUCCCAUAAAUGCUUAAACUGUGGGAAAAGUUUCAUACAUAGGUCAGUUCUUGUUAGACAUCAGUUAAUCCACACUGGAGAGAAAUCCCAUAAAUGUUUGGACUGUGGGAAAAGUUUCAGGCAAAGAUCAUAUCUUAUGGCACAUCAGACAGUCCACACUGGAGAGAGACCCCACAAGUGCUUAGAUUGUGGGAAAAGUUUCAAACAAAGAUCAAAUCUUCUGGCACAUCAGGUAAUCCACACAGGAGAGAGACCCCACAAGUGCUUAGACUGUGGAAAAUGUUUCAUAUGGAGGUCCGGCCUUGUUAAACAUCAAGCAAUCCAUACAAGAGGGAAAUGUUAACAUUUAGAUUAAACUUGGGUGUAAUAAUGUCAUUGUGUAUAUAUAUAGCUCUUUAAAGUUUGUGGUAAACUGUCUAUGAACGGCUUCAUGGAUAAUUAAUUACCUUAUGUAUCAGAGAGGUUGCCGUGUUAGUCUGAAUCUGUAAAAAGCAACAGAGGGUCCAGCGGCACCUUUAAGACUAACAGAAGUAUUGGGAGCAUAAG